UUAGUCUUGACUUGUUUAUAGUGAAAUCAAGUUAAAAAAAAGGAAGAACACGAGGAGUGCCGCACAAUGAUUGGUUUCCAACCACACAUGUUGUUGGUAGAUAGGAAAGACCAGAUUCGAACUUGACGUUCUAAGGAGUCUCUGUUCAUCUUCGUUUAAGAAAGGAUACAUUUGACCCUAAUGUCUAGCUAAGACCAGAUUCGAACUUGACGUUCUAAGGAAUCUCUGUUCAUCUUCAUUCAAGAGAAGAUACAUUUGACCCCAAUGUCUAGCUAAGGCUGCUAGUGGUCUAGAUAAGGGACGGACAAUGGCCGAAAAUUAGAUCGAUCCAACUCAAACCAUUCAAAUUUCCAUACCAAAAAAAUGGUUUCCUCUUCCAAUAUUUAAACCCAAUCCAAGCACUCCCAACAACAACGAAGGCAGCGCACCAUUUCUGUCUUCAUCAUGCAAUCCUUCACUCAUUCCCUCAUCAAACCCACUCCCCCUCCCUCCACCUACCCCAACGCCACCACCUCCUCCUCCACCCGCCGCCACCACUGCCAGAUCUCCUCCACUCGCCGCCACAGCAACACCACCCUUGUCGUCUCCCAACAACAGCCCCCCGCCGAUCAUAUUGGAGACCUCAACCUUGUCCCCAUUGGAGACUCAUUCAGGCCACGUCCCAAGCCCCUCUCCAUCACCGACCUCUCUCCCGCCCCUAUGCACGGCUCCAACCUCCGCGUCGCGUACCAAGGCGUCCCUGGCGCCUACUCCGAAGCUGCCGCUGGAAAAGCCUAUCCUAAUUGCGACGCCAUCCCCUGCGACCAAUUCGAGGUCGCCUUUCAAUCUGUUGAGCUCUGGAUCGCCGAUCGAGCCGUUCUCCCUGUUGAGAACUCCCUCGGCGGUUCAAUUCAUAGGAACUACGAUCUCCUCCUCCGCCACAAACUCCACAUCGUCGGCGAGGUUCAAUUGCCCGUCCAUCACUGCCUCCUCGCUCUCCCUGGAAUCCGAAAAGAGUACCUAACUCGCGUCAUUUCUCAUCCCCAAGCCCUAGCGCAGUGCGAACACACUCUCACUAAACUCGGCCUCAACGUCACACGCGAGGCCGUCGAUGAUACAGCCGGCGCCGCCGAGUUCGUCGCCAUCAACAACCUUCGCGACACCGCCGCAAUCGCAAGCGCCAGAGCGGCAGAGCUUUACGGCCUCGAGAUCUUGGCGAACGGAAUCCAAGACGAUUCCGGCAACAUAACCAGAUUCGUGAUGCUGGCGAGAGAACCGAUCGUUCCUCGUGUAGAUCGGCCGUUCAAAACCAGCAUCGUCUUCGCACACGAGAAAGGAACAUCGGUGCUGUUCAAGGUGCUCUCAGCCUUUGCCUUCAGGAACAUCAGCCUUACGAAGAUCGAAUCGCGGCCGCACCGGAGUCACCCGAUCAGAGUGGUCGACGACGCGGACGGCGGGACGGCGAAACACUUCGAGUAUCUGUUCUAUGUGGAUUUCGAGGCGUCGAUGGCGGAGCCUAGGGCUCAGAACGCCCUGGCGGAGGUUCAGGAAUUCACUUCCUUUCUGAGGGUAUUGGGUAGUUAUCCAAUGGAUAUGACCCCAUGGAGUCCUUCUCGUGAGGAUUAGCUUAUUAUUAUUAUUAUUAUUAUUAUUAUUCACUUCGUCAUUACUCUUUGUUGGAAUAGCUUAUUAAAAUUAAAAUUAAAAAUAACAAUAAUUUAUUUUUAUUUUUUUUUAA